UUAUCAAAGCAGUCACAGCCAAUAAAAGUGUCAUCUAUUCACUCCAAGCAAUCCGUUGAACCGGUGAACUUUAAAAAUUAUACAAUUUCCUUCGAAACUUCUGUGGACCCUGUCAACACCAAGAUGUUCCACUAUCACGGAAGACCGGUGCUCCGAGGACUGCAUAAAGCUCAAACUACGAAGAACGUAACUGUCGCCUUGUUACUUUGCGCCGCUUCCGUUGUCAUCGGCAAGGUCCUUUACGUCAAUCCCAAGAUGCAGAAAUAUGAAAACCAUUAUCGAAAUUACGAUGCCGAGGCAGCAUUCGAGCGGAUGAAAGAGGCCGGAUACAUGCAAUCGGUGCCGCCAGGAGGCAAGAUUUGCUGAAUUGAUUGUCUUGCUUAUAAUUUUUGGAAAAAUACCAUUGCUAUUAAUAAAACAUCAGUUAUUCUCAAUA